GCUGUCUGUAGACUGUCAGGACUAUGGUCUGAUCAUCGAUGGGGCCACCCUGUCUGCGGUGCUGAAGCCCAGUCCAGAGAGCUCUGGCUCUGGGAACUACAGAGAGAUCUUCCUGGAGAUCUGUAGGAACUGCAGCGCUGUGCUCUGCUGCCGCAUGGCGCCCCUACAGAAAGCACAGAUUGUGAAGCUGAUCAAGGCAUCUAAGGAGCACCCCAUMACUCUGGCCAUCGGAGACGGAGCCAACGACGUCAGCAUGAUCCUCGAGGCACACGUGGGCAUCGGCAUCAUGGGUAAGGAGGGUCGCCAGGCAGCGAGGAACAGCGACUAUGCCAUCCCAAAGUUCAAACACCUGAAGAAGAUGCUGCUAGUUCACGGCCACAUCUACUACAUCCGCAUCGCUGAGCUGGUGCAGUACUUCUUCUAUAAGGUGGGCUUUACUACUGACACUAAUACUGAGCUGGUGCAGUACUUCUUCUAUAAGAAUGUGUGCUUCAUCUUCCCUCAGUUCCUCUAUCAGUUCUUCUGUGGAUUCUCUCAGCAGCCCCUGUACGACACAGCCUACCUGACGCUGUACAACAUCAGCUUCACCUCCCUGCCCAUCCUCCUCUACAGCCUCAUAGAGAAACACAUCAGCAUAGAGACACUGAAGAGAGACCCCACUCUGUACAGGGACAUAACUAAGAACUCUCUCCUGCGCUGGCCCGUGUUCCUGUACUGGACAUGCCUGGGCUUAUUUGACGCCUGUAUCUUCUUUUUUGGUGCCUACUUCCUGUUCGACAACACCACCUUCACUAGCAACGGACAGCUUAUGACCACCAACACACAGAUGAUGUUUGGGAACUGGACUUUCGGGACUCUCGUCUUUACUGUGCUGGUGUUCACGGUCACGCUCAAGCUUGCCUUGGACACACACCACUGGACCUGGAUCAACCACUUUGUCAUCUGGGGCUCCCUGCUUUUCUAUGUCAUCUUCUCUCUGCUCUGGGGAGGCAUCAUCUGGCCUUUCCUGAACUACCAGAGGAUGUACUAUGUGUUCAUGCAGAUGUUGUCCAGCGGUCCGGCCUGGCUCGGCAUCAUCCUGCUCAUUAUGGUCAGCCUGCUGCCUGAUGUGGUCAAGAAGGUCCUCUGCAGAACACUGUGGCCCACCGCCACCCAUCUUGCACAGUCCAAUCGCCCGUGCCUUACCGUGGAGCCGUCCACCAUCUUCGUGCUUUCUCAGUCCGAUAGCAGAUUGAGUUUCUGAUUGUCCGAGAGACGGCAGAGGAGGAGGAGGUCUCUCACCAUCCAGGGCUCUCACCAUCCAGGUCUCUCACCAUCCAGGGCUCUCACCAUCCAGGGCUCUCACCAUCCAGGUCUCUCACCAUCCAGGUCUCUCACCAUCCAGGGCUCUCACCAUCCAGGGCUCUCACCAUCCAGGGCUCUCACCAUCCAGGGCUCUCACCAUCCAGGGCUCUCACCAUCCAGGCUUCUCAC